CCUAGCCGCCUUAUAUUGACCAUUGGACAUACCAAUUAAAUCUCAGAGCUCAAUUGUGAAACCAAAAAAAAAAAAACCCAGAGCUUGUCCAUUCUUCCAUAAUCCAUAAUCCAUAUCCAUCAACAUGAAGAAAACAGAGCUUGUGAUCAUCCCCGCACCCCUCGUGGGCCAUAUUGUCUCCAUUGUUGAGCUUGCCAAGCUUCUGCUCGACAGAGACCACCGCCUCUCCAUUACCGUGCUGGUCAUUAACCACCCCGUCGACCCUGCCGCUAACACCGCCGUCGACGCCGUUCUUGCCGCCGACCCAAGAAUCCGGCACUCCCGUCUCCCCGAGACAGUGCCGCCGCCGCCGCCGGAGGUGCUCCACAAGUCCCCCGAGAACUUCAUUUCCACCUACAUAAAAAGCCAUACGUCCCUUGUCAGAGACGCCAUCGUCGAAGACGUGCUGCCGUCGGCCUCCGGCGACUCCUUGCUCGCCGGGAUUGUGUUCGAUUUCUUCUGCAGCUCGAUGGUGGACGUGGCCAAGGAACUCGGAGUUCCUUCUUACCUGUUUUUCACCUCCGGCGCGGCGCUCCUCGGGUUGAAUCUUUAUUUUCCAGCCCGGGAAAAGGAAUACACCCUGUCGGACCCAGACACGGUGGUUUCCACCUUUGCCUGCCCGAUUCCGGCUAGGGUUCUUCCGAUGUUCGCAUUUGUGGAAGAGGGUUUCAAGUCAUUUGCCGAACACGGCAGAAAAUUCGCCGAGUGUGAUGGAAUGAUCGUGAACACGUUCGAGGAAUUAGAGCCACAUGCUAUCAAAGCUCUGUCGUCGGAUCCGGAUCUCCCGCCGGUUUACGCCGUCGGGCCGAUGCUUUCCCCUCAGAAGCACCACGCCGGGAAGGAGGAGAUCCUCGAUUGGCUGUCUCAGCAACCGCCGUCGUCGGUGGUGUUCCUCUGUUUCGGAAGCCAGGGAGGGUUUGAGGCGCCGCAGAUCUGUCAAAUUGCGGCGGCGCUGGAGCGGAGCGGGCACCGAUUUCUCUGGUCGAUUCGGCGGCCGAUUUCAAUCGACACGCACGCUCCCGCCGGGGAAGUGCCCGAUUUUGACGAGAUCCUGCCGGAAGGGUUCGCGGAGAGGACGAGAGGCAGGGGGAAGGUGUGCGGGUGGGCCCCGCAGCUAGAAGUCCUGGCGCACGGCGCCACGGCGGCGUUUGUGUCACACUGCGGCUGGAACUCGGUGCUGGAGAGCGCGUACCACGGCGUGCCGAUCGUGACGUGGCCGAUCUAUGCGGAGCAGCAGCCGAACGCGUUCCAGGUGGCGAAGGAGCUGGGGCUGGCGGUGGAGCUGACGCUGGAUUACCGGAGAUCGGAGGCGGCGGAGCGGCUCAUAUUGGCGGAAGACAUAGAGAAGGUGAUCAGAAGCGUGAUGGAUGCGGAGAAUCCGGUGAAGAAACGCGCCAAGGAGAUCGGAGAGAUUGGGCGGAAGGCGCUAAUGGACGGCGGAUCUUCGUCCAUCUCUCUCGACCGUUUGAUCAAGGAUAUUAUUAAUAAUAGCAUCAAAAUUACUUUGUCCCACUAAAUUCGGUCCUUAAAUAAACAAACAAAUUCUCCAUACAAAAAUAAUCCUGUUUCUAUUGAUUAUUUUUUUGCCUAAUUGAGGUAGAUCGCACAUUCUCGAUCAUUUUUGAGGUAGAAGAUGAUUGACGAGCUUCCCCAAUUGUGGAGAAAAAUAUGUUAGUGAAGCUCAAUUCAAGACAAGUAGUACAUGUUAUU